ACCACGGCCUACCUACGAGACUGAUACUCAAUUUCCGGCAGUGGAUCAGCAUUUAUCGCAACAUGAAAGAACAGCUGCACACAAUGGUCCAGGUCUAGCGGAGACACAGGCGCCUGCGCCCAUGCAGCAGGAGCGAUCGGAGGACCUUGAGAAGGUCGUCACUGAGGAGCAGGAAGAGCCGAAAGCUAAGACGUCAGCGCCUCGAAUGAUACCAUUAUGGAGUUGGCUGAUCUUCUUCUCGAUCUGGGGUGCUCUGGCCAGACUGGGUCUCUCCGCCCUUGAAGACUACCAAGGGGCGCCAGUGUUCUCUCUGGUUUGGGCACAAUUCACUGGAUGUGUAAUCAUCGGCUUCCUAUCACAAGACAAGACGAUCUUCUUGGUGGAUGACAGAUACACUGAACUCUACACCGGGCUCACAACCGGAUUCUGCGGAUCUAUCACUUCGUUCUCUUCGUGGAUGCUUGGUUGUUUUGCUGCGAUGGCCAAUGUCAGACCUAUAUUUGACAGACCGAAUUCGGGGUACAAUGUUAUGGCGCUCCUGGCGCAGGUCAUUAUCACACUCUCUGUAUCCAUGGCAGCUCUGCGAUUUGGAGCUACGAUGGCAAGUUUGGCGGAGUACUGGCUUGCGGAACGGGGAUGGGUACAAGUGCGUGGAGCAAGAAAGGGCCGUGAUGCCAGGAAUAUCCUCGCAAUCAUCCUGGCCAUUGGUUGCUGGGCUGGAGCAGCCGUCCUCGUUGGUCUCGUACCGAAAUGGCGGGGUGUGGCUACCUUCGCAGCAUUGUUUGCACCUCUGGGCACACUUACAAGGUUUUACCUGGCCCGACUCAACCCAAAGAUUAAAUCCUUUCCAGUCGGUACAUUCGCUGCCAACAUGCUGGGUACACUGAUCCUCGCCAUCCUUUUCCUGCUCCAGCACCGAACAACUCCGGGCCAUGUGGGUUGUCAGGUGUUGCAGGGCGUGAGCGACGGAUACUGUGGAUGUUUGACAACAGUAUCAACAUUCGUCCUGGAGUUAAGCACGCUAAGAAGGCGUCACGCAUGGAAAUACGGAGCCGUGAGCAUUGUCUGUGGUAUCAUCAUCAUGGUCCAGGUUGUAGGCAUUGACAACUGGACUCAUGGACUAGGAGGAGGUUGCAUAAUAUGAUUAAGAUUGAUGAUGAUAUAACUAGGUAUAGUGCGGUGCUUGCCCGUGAAGCUUGUCCAUGACUUGAUCCGUGUAUUCCCAGAACUAUCGUACUUGCUUAGCCGCAC